UCAAACUCCCCCUCACUCGGCGGCGGCUGCGCGGAACCACCUCGCGGCGCGCGGCGCCCAAGCCCCAACCCUCCGACGUCGCUCUCUUCACCGCCCGUCCCACACCAGCGCCACCCAGGAGCCCCCUGCUACUAGUCCAGAGGAGAGUGUCGGGAUCCGGAGGCAUGGAAGAGAGCGACGAGAGCCCCGCGGCGACGGCGGAGGUGGAGGCGGCGCUGGGGCUGAACGCGCCGCUCUUCGUCAACUCGGUCCUCAACGCGGUCGACGACGUCCGCUACGGGGCCUUCGAGUACUGCCUCCAGGAAGGCGCCCCCGAGGCCGUCGGCGCCGCCACCGCGACCCAGAAGGCCGAGGAGCUGGAGCGGGGAGUAAUCAGCAUUCACAACUUAGUUAAGGAUGUAUUGGAUAAGAGAAUGAGCAAUUGGGAGAAAUACUGCCUUCGACAUUGUUUCGCUAUACCUGAAGGAUUUCUGACGCGUGAAGAUCAUAGUUCUUCUGCAAAAGGAUCACUCAAUGAUGGGAAUUCUGAUUUGGAUCUCGAUGAGGAACUUGUUUCUCUAAGGAAAAAACUUGAAUAUGCUAACAAUGAAUCUGAAGAACUUCAAAGGGAUAUUUCUUCCUUAGAAAGACAAGCUGAGUGCCAGAGAAAUUUGGGGUCCUGUAUGGCUGAACUAUUGAAGGUGUUUGAAAGCAAGUCCUUUCAGGAUAAUUUUCAAGAUCUUGUGAAGGCAAUACCAAUAUUUCACCAGAAACUGAAGGGUAUGAAAAGGGAAGUUGCCGGGAGCACGGUGGAUCAAAAUGUUUGGAACGUCAGUGGACUGGGGAAACGCAAGCGCUUAGCAUCGGAUCUCACUGCCAGCACCGAAGACGUUAAAGUGGUUACGAACGAAGUAAAGAAGGCAUAGCUCCCACUGUCACGCGACCUGUGCGAUAAUCGGACGCCUGCUAUCCUUCGUAGCACGAUAUAAGCUGGUUGUAUAAUAUGUCGGACUCUCUUUUAACUGAGUAAUGCCAAUGCAAAUCUGCAAUGUAACCGUGAACUGUGAUUCCGUAUAAUGAUGGUACGUCUUGUAUAUCCUAAACCUUCCUAAUUAGUUUAUACUAAGCUAUUCUAUUUCCUCGCAUACAAGUACAGCCAGUCGCAAUCAACCUAGUAAUA